AUGACCAAACCCCAUCCUUUUGAGCUCCCCGCGGGGAUUCAGCUCCUCUACCUCGCCGAGGGCGGCGCCAAUGUCAUUUACCGCUUUGUUUCGUCUGCGCCGGCCAAGUCCGCGCUCGCGGUGAAAAGAUCGCUUUCCACCGCGGGUAUCGAGACGUGCAGUCCCGUGCCUCCUCGGCUAAGAGGGAAAUUGCUGCGUCUGCGUAAAGAGACCAGGGCCGAUAUUCCGUACCAGGAGACCGUGCGCAAUUUCGACAAUAUUAUCAGACCGCUCUUCAGGCCGGAAGAGCUAGUUGAUCAGACUCUAAUCCGACUGCCCGAGGGGCUGAUCCAGCGCUGCAAUGAACAGCUCCGUCUUGCGGAAAUCAACGGUCUACGCUCUUCAAAGCGCCAUGGCGGCUAUCUUUGUCUGAAUGAGCCCUUUGGUCUUCUCAUCACCGACAUGACCGCGGCAGACGACCCUCGAGCCAGCAUGGCCGAGCUGAAACCAAAGUGGCUUACGCAGUCGCCCUCAGCGCCCUCGACGGCACGCCGGUGCCGCACGUGCGCGUUGAGGGAGAUGAAGGAUCACGACUCACGGAGUGGGCAGCAGACAGACCACCAUCGAUCCUUUUGUCCGUUGGAUUUGGUCUCGGAGCAGUUCGAGAAUGUGUUCCGUGCAACGGCAUUUAUCAAAGGAUGCGGGGAUCGCGCGCAGCUAGCCCGCAUAUUGUACCGCAACCCGACUCUUCUGAAAUUGCAGUCGCAUCAGAAAGCCAUGAAGAAUGUCGGAUUACAUGGUCCGCCGCCACAAUCGCGGGAGGUGUCUGUUGCGAUGACGCUCAGGGAUUGUACGAUGUUCAUUAAAAUUCCCCGUGACGACAAAGCCCCCGUCGAAAUCCGCCUCGGCGAUCUCGACAUGAAAGCUGGCCCAGGCGGCAAAGCCGAGUACUGGCUGGAUGUGGAGACACAGCUCAUUAACGGAGGCUGGUAUCGAGGCGUGAACAGCAGUCAAGAGCGUAGCGAGUGCGCUCUGCAGAGCUCGAGGAGAUCUACUUCCUCGACAUAA